AUGACCGGUGUGAUUGAUGCCGUUGAGUUUCGCUUGAUCCACCGGCCCUAUAACAGAACGACGGACCUAAUGACUAUGGCGGAUGGCGGUUAUGACCCAAUGGGGCACAUCCAGACGGGUCGUCCACAUGCCUACUACCUGUACCAGGCGGCCGCCAUCGCCCUGGAACAGCAACAGCAUCAGCAGCAGCAGCAGCAACAGCAGCAGCAGCAGCAGCAGCAACAUCCCAGCCACGCUCGAACGCGGCCUCCUUCGGACGAUGGACACGAGAACAACAACAACCUGCCGGCGGCCGCCAACAACAAUCUGUUCCGCUCGGAGCAGAAGAAACACAAGCGGAAACGGCUGUCGGCGGUGCUGGACAAGCUCCACAACGGCGGCACGGCGGUGGUGAACCACAACAACAACAACGUCGGCGAUCCGGUCUCGGUCCCGGUCGGGUUCUCCCUCAAGUGUGGCCUCGAUUCACGCUCCAGCGCCGAAGAUUCGGCUGCCGAGGACGUGGUCUUUCCGUACUCCGCCAGCCCACGUAUCAGCAUCAGUCCACUGCGGUUGAGCGAGGUGGACGAGAAUCGACCCUUGCCCCAGAAGCGACCAGUCUCGAAGCAGGACCAAACUCCGCAGCCGACAACGCUCCCGACGGCACUUCCGUCACCGUCGCAGCGCCUAGCGCUACAGCCGUCGCAGAUCAAGCAGGAGCAGCCGGACCAGCAGCACCUCUACAAACACCUGCAGUACUUUAACCCGCUCGCCCUGUUCAACUACCUGCCCGAACCGACGAAGCUCCUGUACCAGGAGUUUGCCCGCCAGCGAAGCCAUUCCGAUUCCGACCUUCAUCAGCCGCCACAGGGACCGCAGCAGCAGCAGCAGCAGCAACCGCCCCAACAGCCGACGAGGAAGAAGAAAAAAUCCAGCCAGGGCUCAGCGAAGGGCGCCCAGUCAGGGAAGGGCCGAGAAAGGAACGGCCUGGCCCAGGAGCAGCCACUUGACCUAUCGAUGAAGUCGUCCUGUAGCGGUGGCUCUGGGCGACUCGGGUCACCCUCGUCCUGUCUGCUGUCCGCCUCACCUGUGAUCAAGCUCGAGCCGAACAGUAGCCUGUCGGACAGUCCGCCACCUCCAGCCACAGGUGACGGAUCGCCUGCCCCACCAAAGUUGAUCGUGAAGCGUGAGGACUGCAGUGGAGACCGCCACCGGCAACCAGCUUCCUCACCGUACGCCGCCGGACACCUCAAUGGGCUCGGACAUCACCACGGCUUCAACCUGAACGUGUCGCCCGUCGUCGAGGAGAUGCCACCCGGCUCGGACGUGGCUUAUAUGUGUCCGGUGUGCGGGCAGCUCUUCUCACUCCAGGAUCGACUUGCGAAGCACAUGGCGUCACGGCACAAGAGUCGGACCGGGGCGACUGACAUCACCAAGUCGUACAUGUGCGAGGUCUGCCAGCGUUCGUUCGCCCGCUCGGAUAUGCUGACCCGCCACAUGCGACUCCACACCGGUGUCAAGCCGUACUCGUGCAAGGUCUGUGGCCAGAUCUUCUCCCGCUCCGAUCACCUGUCGACGCACCAGCGCACCCACACCGGCGAGAAGCCCUACAAGUGUCCGCAGUGUCCGUACGCAGCCUGCCGGCGUGACAUGAUCACCCGGCACAUGCGAACCCACACCCGCUACGAGUCCCAGCGGGGCGGAGGCGGUCCCGGCCUAGGUGGUGGCGCCAGUCCACUCCUGAUGGACCAGAAGCCGAUCAUGCUGCCCCUCGUCAGUCUGGGCUCUUCGGGGCGAAGCAUCAAGAAGGAGCUCGUCGGUGGCGGCGGAGGCGGUUUCGGUGCCACGAGCUUCGUCCUGGAGACCAAGACUGAGUCGUAA